CUCUUCACCGUCAAAGACAGCGAGCUCAAUAAAAAAUUUUCAACAACUACAAUGGCUGAUGCUCCCAGAGGACGUGGCGGAUUCGGUCGUGGGCGUGGUGACAGGGGAAGGGGACGAAGAGGACCCCGUCGUGGCGCUCGCAAGGACGAUGAGAAGGAAUGGGUUCCCGUCACCAAGCUCGGCCGUCUUGUUAAGGAUGGAAAGAUCAAAUCCAUGGAGGAAAUCUACCUUUUCUCCCUGCCCGUCAAGGAGUUCCAAAUUAUCGACUACUUCUUGCCCAAACUCAAGGACGAAGUUAUGAAGAUCAUGCCCGUCCAAAAGCAAACUCGUGCUGGUCAGCGCACUCGUUUCAAGGCGUUCGUUGCCAUCGGAGACUUCGACGGUCACGUUGGAUUGGGAGUCAAAUGCGCGAAGGAAGUCGCAACAGCUAUCCGUGGUGCCAUCAUUCUCGCCAAGCUCUCUGUCAUCCCUGUGCGAAGAGGUUACUGGGGUGCUGCUCUCGGUGCACCCCAUACGGUGCCCUCCAAAGUCAGUGGAAAAGUCGGUUCCGUCAUGUGUCGUCUUAUCCCGGCACCGCGGGGAACUGGGAUCGUCGCUGCACCUGCCUCGAAGCGUAUAUUGCAGCUUGCUGGUGUCGAGGAUGUGUACACUCAGUCGAAAGGUUCUACCGCGACAAUGGGUAACUUCUUGAAAGCAACUUUUGCCGCCAUCACCAAAACAUAUGCGUUCUUGACGCCAGACUUGUGGAGGGAUAUCCCUGUUUCCAAGCUUCCCUAUGACGAGUACAGUGCACAUCUUCAACUUACUGCCGGGAAGAAGUAGAUUUAGUACUGCUGCCAUGUCUACGUGCUGUAUUUCUUUUCAUGGUUUCCUUCGAUCAAGCUCAGUGACGAAAGCGUAUGCAAUUCGUGAAGAGGAUACACAGCUUAAUUACAUUACAAUAAAUGUACAUGUCUAAAAUGGAUGAUGGGUGGUUCUAAGAUCAUACAAGACGA